UAUAAAUGUUGUAUUGAACGUUUGUUAGCGAUGAGGAAACCAAGGGAGAGAUCAAGACUUGAAUUACUUGAUCACUUUUACCUUUGGUCUUAGUCUUAUUCCCACAUUGGUUUUGGUGUUUUGGUCCUCGGCUUAAAACAAUUGCUAAAUUUAUGAGAAUUUGCAAAGGAAGAGAGUGUAGUUACAAUGGUAAAUUCAUUUGGGUGUUUCCUUCCCAUCAGCUAUUAAAUGCUGGUGCGUGGGCAGUCCCUCUCAAGAUGCAACCAGGGAGAACUUCCUCUUUCAGCCUCCUUUUAGGAAUCGUAGGGAUGGGUGGUGGGGUGGUUGAGGUGAGAAAGAUGAGAUAGAUGAUAAUUACAGAAGAUGGUAGAACACUGAUUUUUUAUCUGUGAAAUAUUACUACCCAGCACUUGUCUAAUGAUUACAGAAAAACACGAUAUGUACCGAUCGGGAAUAGAGCCGGCGUCCUCUUGAAUGUGAAGCAACGAUCUAAACCCCUAGGCCAUGCCGCUCAGUCAACAGUAGAUGACGCUGCAUUUAAUAAGUCUCAUUUCUUUUCUCUUUCUAACAUUAGUAUUUAGAAUAUAUCUCGAAAUAAGAGUUUCGAGAAUAUAGAGUACGAUAAAAAGCACUAGAGAUACUACUACUACAUGAACGAAAACAAUCAGCGGACGAUUUAAACAGUAUAAAUUUAUAGAUAACUACAGAUAUGUAUAAUAAUUGCUUUUAAUUUUUGCAUCGCCUAACGGAAACCCCGUAUAAUGUGAAUAAAUUAUGCUAGGCACGUCUCACUGGCCUCGCAGUGUUUUUAAACGUAAGUGAGUGGCCUCUUGCCCGAACUAACUUAUCGAGUUUCUACGAACUGCCGCCCCACUCUUCAUGUUAUACAACAGCGCCCAGGCAAUGACGCUAGUCCGCCGUGCGCCGUCUACCGUGAACAGAUUAAGAUUCCGCUCAUAGAAACGAAUGUCCGUUGACCUUAAAAAUCGAUACUUGCAGCCGCUGUUGUUACGUCAUUGAUGUAAAUCCCCGAUAUAUUUGCCAUGUUCCCAGUCGUAUUAGCUAGAGAGAUGUUGUUCUAUUCGUAAAUCCACUUUAAAUACUUAUUAUAGAUACACAGUUCGUUGUUAGUGGAUGUGUUAUCUGCAUACGGUGUGGCACAAUAAGUAAUUUUUUGCACAUCAAAACGUAAAAUGUCGCUUAAAAAACAAAAGUACCUGACUCUUUAUGAGAAAUCGCUUGUGAUCCAGGGAUUGAACGAUGGACAACGUGUUACGUAUUUAGCAAAAAAAUACGGUGUCGCGAAAUCCACAAUUUCCAAAAUAAAACAAAACAGGGAAAUAAUAUCCAACACGGUGAAAAAUACAUAUCUCGGACCUGGUAAAAGGAAAACGCUAAAGAGUUCAGAGUUUCCCAGAAUGGAGAAGGAAUUGUAUGAUUGGUUUCUCGAUCAACGAAGUAAAAAUGUUUUUGUGAGUGGCGAAAUAAUUAAGCAGCAGGCGAAACUGAUUCACUCACGAAUAAGUGAAAAUGAUAAAGAAUUCACAGCCAGCGAUGGAUGGCUACAACGCUUUAAAAAGCGAUUUGGAAUUCGCUUUUUAAAGAUUUCUAGGCAAAAUUUAUCGUCUCAACCAGCGCUUGUGGAUCCCUUUUUAAAUAUAGGAAAUAAUGAACAAAAUGAAGGGAGAGACGAUGUUGGGCAACGAUCAAAACAGCGCGUUAGCGACUGUCAAAAAAAUGAACAAAAAUCAUCCUUCGAAAUUUCCCAAUUAUUUAUAAAAGAAGAACAGCCUUCAACAAGUAUCAGCUUCUAUCCUGAGAAAACCGAGUCAGUAUUAGAGCCCUCCAUGGACAUCAAAGAAACCAUUAUCAUCAAACAAGAAGAAGGAACAACAUCGUCAUUUUUAUCUCAAAACGAAUACGACAAUAACCAAGAAGAUGUCACAUCUUUUUUGGACAAUACAACAAAAGGGACGUCUACAGAUAAACAUUUAAGUAGUGAAGGUCAAGAGAGUAAUGACGAAGAAGAUGUUAAUGACUGUACUGAUGUAAUCAUAAAAAAUGAACCACAGUCACCAGUUUCUCGUUCUGAAGACGGUGAUCAGGGAAUUAUGGGCGAUACAGAUGACUUAUUAGGAAACCAAAAAUCUGAUAAAGCAAUACAAGUCAAUGUGAAACCAAGAAUGAAAAGUGUUUCUAUACAAACGGGCCCAAUCGUCUGCGAAUGUUGCUUGAAAUUAAAAAAAUAAUUAAUUUUAUUAUUAAUAACUAAGAAAAUCUGUUUCUUUUUUUGAAAAUGUAC